AAACCGUAAAAUCACUUCUCACUCACUCUUUUACUUUACUUAAAAGAACACAACAACGUAAGAUCCUUCUCAAAACAUGGCGCAGGAAGUUGUGGAGGGAUUCAAGUUCGAGCAGAGGCACGGAAAAGAGCGCGUGAGAGUUGCGCGCGUCUGGAAGACGCCACAGGGUCGCCACUUCGUUGUGGAGUGGCGCGUGGGUAUUAGUCUCUUCUCUGAUUGCGUCAAUUCCUAUCUCCGCGAUGAUAACUCUGACAUAGUUGCCACUGAUACCAUGAAAAACACGGUGUAUGCGAAAGCAAAGGAAUGCUCGGACAUACUUUCUGUCGAGGACUUUGCUAUUCUACUUGCCAAGCACUUUGUAUCAUUUUACCAGAAGGUUACUGGUGCUAUUGUGAAUAUUGUGGAAAAACCAUGGGAGCGUGUCAUUGUGGAUGGUCAACCUCAUGAACAUGGUUUCAAACUUGGAUCUGAGAAGCAUACAGCAGAGGCCAUAGUACAGAAGUCUGGUUCACUACAAUUGACUUCUGGUAUUGAAGGGUUGUCGGUGUUGAAGACAACCCAGUCUGGUUUUGUGAAUUUCAUAAGAGACAAGUACACAGCACUUCCUGAUACCCGUGAGAGGAUUUUGGCAACAGAAGUAACUGCUCUGUGGAGGUAUUCGUACGAUUCGCUAUACACCCUCCCUCAGAAGCCACUUUACUUCACAGACAAGUAUCUGGAAGUGAAAACAGUUCUGGCUGACACAUUUUUUGGGCCACCAAAUAGGGGAGUCUAUAGCCCUUCUGUUCAAAACACACUCUACCUGAUGGCAAAGGCCACAUUGAACAGAUUUCCUGACAUUGCUUAUGUCCAUCUAAAGAUGCCAAAUCUUCAUUUCUUACCAGUCAACAUAUCAAACAAGGAUGGUCCAAUUGUGAAGUUUGAGGAUGAUGUGUAUUUACCAACGGAUGAGCCUCAUGGCUCAAUUCAAGCAAGCUUGAGCCGUCUUUGGUCAAAGCUGUAGAAACUGCAGAAGCUAUUUGUGGUGCUCAUCCCUUUUUGUGGAUUUGGCAGUGCAGCCUAAACAAGCAAACCUGGCCUCAGAGAUGCUGCUUUCUUUCCAUUGAUGCGUGUGUCAUGUACUUCUGGUUUUUCUUAUCUUUGUAUUUUGUUUAAUGGAGAAACUAAUAUGCAUGAAUAACUUCCACAAGGGAUAUUCUGUAGGUUCCAAUAAAUUUCCUAGUCACCUUUAUCAAUAAAAUGUUGUUAUUAUUAUGAGGUUCA